CUCAUUUCCUGAGCUCACUUUUAUUUGAAAUCUCGAGUUCUGAGGUUGUGUUCACGUGAGUGUUCUGUGGUGUUCAUUGUGUUUAUUUAUUUAUUUAUUUAUCUACAAAUUUGCGAUAAAUAAUUUUAUCAUUCCGUGUGGGAAUUAGGUGAGUUGUGAUUAUUUAUUUGAAAAGUAAUUUAAAAGUGUAUUUGUUUCCAGUUUUACUACGUAUUAUUAUGUAUAAUAAAAGCCGUAAGUGUUGUGUACCUGGAUGCAGAUUUGAAGGUACUGAACGUUUUCGUUUGCCAAAUCCUCGCAAGGAGGAAGCAAUGUUACGAACAUGGAUCAGCAUUAUCGGCGGCGAUCUUUUGCAAAUGUCGUUGGAAGAUAUUUACAACAAGAAAAGAAUUUGUAAGUGUCAUUUUACUGACAAUUAUUUUAAUCCAGGGUGCAAGGGUCUUUUACGAACAGCUGUACCAACUUUGUAUGUCCCAAUGUGCAUGAAAGACACCGAAAAACGUACUUUUGAUGAUGCCUUUGUGGAAGAAUCAUCAUUUUCCGUGUGUACUCCUUCAGCAAAGAAAAUUGCUACCGAUGUUACAGUGGACAUUGUAGAUCCUAAUUUGGAAAAUGCUGCUGUAGAUAUGUCCCCUGUCCCCACAACUCCCACAAAAAAUCAAGAAUUGCAAGGCUUGUUGAAAAGUGUCGGUGUUAAUAAAGCUAUUCAUUUGACACCAAAAGCAUCAACUUUGUACCAGGCAGCUACAUCGUUGAAGAGAAAAGUACAAUAUUUGCACAAAAAAUGCAGGGGUUUCAAAAGCAGGCUAGCAGCAGCUACAAAGCUUUCAGAAAGUGAAGCUUUUCAAAGAGUUGCUAGCAAUAUGUCGGUAGCUGCAAAAUUAUUUACCAACCUGCAGAUGAGAGAAACUCACAAAAAAUCCAGGGGAAGGCGAUUUAGUCUCGAGGAAAAAAUUUUAUCACUGACAAUGUAUAAACAAAGUCCUAAGGCAUAUCGUUUAUUGCAGAAGCUGUUUACCUUACCAGCAAGAAAAACAUUAACUUCUUUAUUACAAAAAGUUGUUUUGAAUACAGGAUUGAACAUGGGAUUGUUCAAAAACUUAAAGACCAAGGUAGAAAGAAUCCCAUUAAAUCAAAGAUAUUGCUCACUGAUUUUUGAUGAAAUGAGCAUUAUGCCAUCACUGCAAUAUGAUGAACAUCAAGAUAGAAUCAUUGGCUUCCAAGACAAAUAAAGCGAGCAGCUCUAAAACGUCGCUUGAAGUAUUUCAGUUAUAAAUCAAAAAUACACUACAAGAGGUAGAUUCUUUUAAUUUAAUUUUAGUGUGUUUAUUACAAAUAUCGGUUUUCUGACACAACACCUUAUUCUGUUUCUAUGGAGCAUUUGAGUUCACUAUUUUUGACCUAUUUAAUAUACGCUUUUUCUGUAAAAUACCUACCAACAGUUUUUUAAAUGAUAUUUUAUUCAACAUUUUUAUUAAUUUUUAAUCAUAAAAAUUAAACAUGCAUUGGUUAAAUUGAAGAUUUUUUAUUCAGUCAGGCUCAUUAUUACACGUGGACCCCCUUGCAUAUUUGAUGUGCUAUCAAAUUGUUUAGAAUACCUACUUGUUUUUAAUGCCUAUAUAAAUUGAAAACAUGAUGGAUUAGUGUGUCCUGAACCGUACUUUCUUAAUACUGAAAACAAAUUUUCGAGAGGAUCUUGAUUCAAUAUUCUUGUUUGCAAAACUUCACGAGUCGUCCAAAUAAGUCUAAUUCCACGAAUGAUAUUCAACAAAAUCUUCUUUAAAAGGCAUAGUUGUUUUAAACUGAUUGCGUAGUUAUUUUUUCAUUUUAUCCCAAAAUUCAAAAUGAGAAGAUUUCUUAGUUAAAUUACAUAUUGACUGGAUUACAAUGAUUUUUGCACAAUAGUUA